CAGGCAUGACAGCUGUUUACAGGAGCUUACUUACUGCCUGCCUGUUUACAGUGAGGGCUGAUGGGUAUAGCCUGGCGUUGCUGGCUCCAGCAUGCUGUAAAUCUGAUAAGCCAGAGAGAGGAAGCCUCUGCAGUCAUGCUGCUCUCGAUUGCCAGGUUAAAGGAGCGUUUUGUGGGCAUGAUAUGAGAUAUUGGAUGUUGGAUAUGACUAGUUUGGCAUUGGACUACUACUCCACCCAUCACUCUCUGAAAAGACCACUCACUUCCUGCUCAUCCAUAUGCAGUAAUGGACCUUAUGGAGUCUGCAACUUAGGGAGCUUUAGUCAUGAACCUACACUGUGGAGCCGCGAGGGACGUAUCCAGCCUGUCAAGCCGCUGGCAGGGGAGUGUGCCGUCACUGGUGGACCAGCACAGGUGGCAGUACGCACAGACUGGAACCACACUGCUUCAGCUGCCAGGAUUCCGUAGGAACGAAGAGAUGAAGGCUAUGGAGGUUCUGCCUAUUCUAAAGGAAAAAGUGGCCUUUUUAUCAGGUGGCAGAGACAAGCGCGGUGGUCCGGUCUUAACAUUCCCCUCACGUACCAACCACGACCGAAUACGGCACGAGGACCUACGCAGACUCAUCGCCUAUCUCGCCGGCAUCCCCAGCGAGGACGUGUGUAAACAUGGCUUCACGGUUAUCGUGGACAUGCGAGGCUCCAAGUGGGACUCCAUCAAGCCUUUACUGAAGAUCCUGCAAGAGUCCUUCCCUUCCUGCAUCCACGUCGCUCUCAUCAUCAAGCCUGACAACUUCUGGCAGAAGCAGAGGACCAACUUUGGCAGCUCCAAGUUCGAGUUUGAGACCACCAUGGUGUCCCUGGAGGGCUUGUCCAAAGUGGUGGAUCCAUCCCAGCUGACGGCAGACUUCGAGGGCAGUCUGGACUACAAUCAUGAGGAGUGGAUCGAGAUCCGCGUGGCCUUCGAGGACUUUACGGGCAACGCGCGGCACCUGCUGGCCCGGCUGGAGGAGAUGCAGGACACCGUUACUCGUAAGGACUUUCCGCAGGACCUGGAGGGGGCGCGGCGUAUGAUUGAGGAGCACGCUGCGCUGAAGAAGAAGGUGAUGAAGGCCCCUGUGGAGGAAGUAGACUCUGAGGGCCAGCGGCUCCUGCAGCGCAUUCAGAGCAGUGAAAGUUACGCCAACCGAACGGUCCCUGUGGGCCCCGGGCAGAGGGAGGCUCAGGGCCAGCCCAAUGCAGACACUCAGGGCCUGAUGCCCCGUAUCUCCUCCCUGCUGGAGCAACUGCACAGCACGCGGCAGAACCUGCACCAGGCCUGGCACGUCCGCAAGCUGCAGCUGGACCAGUGCUUCCAGCUCAGACUGUUCGAGCAGGACGCUGAAAAGAUGUUUGACUGGAUCAUGCACAACAAAGGCCUGUUCCUGGCGGGCUACACCGAGAUCGGCAACAAUCACUCGCAUGCCAUGGAGCUCCAGACCCAGCACAACCACUUUGCCAUGAAUUGCAUGAAUGUGUACGUGAAUAUAAACCGCAUCAUGUCUGUGGGGAACCGGCUGCUGGAGGCCGGCCAUUACGCAUCCCAGCAGAUCAAGCAGAUCUCAGGCCAGCUGGAGCAGGAGUGGAAGGCCUUCGCCGCUGCGCUGGACGAGAGGAGCACGCUGCUGGAAAUGUCUGCUACCUUCCACCAGAAGUGUGACCAGUACAUGAGUAAUGUGGACUCGUGGUGUAAGGCAUGUGGAGAGGUGGAUUUACCUUCCGAACUCCAGGAUCUAGAAGAUGCCAUCCACCAUCACCAGGGCCUGUAUGAACACAUCACGACGGCCUACUCUGAGGUGAGUCAAGACGGCAAAGCCUUAUUGGACAAACUACAGCGGCCUCUCACUCCCGGUGGCGCCGAUUCGCUGACGGCCACCGCCAACUACUCCAAGGCCGUGCACCACGUCCUCAACAUCAUCCACGAGGUCCUGCAUCACCAGAGGCAGCUGGAGAACAUCUGGCAACACCGAAAGGUCCGUCUGCACCAGCGCCUGCAGCUGUGUGUGUUUCAGCAGGACGUCCAACAGGUGCUGGACUGGAUUGAGAACCAUGGUGAGGCGUUUCUCAGUAAGCACACAGGAGUGGGGAAGUCUCUCCAUCGUGCCAGAGCUCUGCAGAAACGCCAUGAAGACUUUGAAGAAGUGGCUCAGAACACGUACACCAACGCUGAUAAGCUGUUGGAGGCGGCGGAGCAGUUGGCUCAGACGGGCGAGUGUGAUCCGGAGGAGAUCUACCAAGCCGCCCACCAGCUGGAGGAUCGCAUCCAGGACUUCGUCAGGCGUGUGGAGCAGCGCAAAGUCCUGCUGGACAUGUCCGUGGCCUUCCACACUCACGUUAAAGAGCUGUGGACGUGGCUGGAGGAGCUGCAGAAGGAGCUAUUGGAUGAUGUGUACGCUGAAUCAGUGGAGGCUGUACAAGAUCUGAUCAAGCGCUUCGGGCAGCAGCAGCAGACCACCUUACAGGUCACCGUUAACGUCAUCAAAGAGGGCGAGGACCUCAUUCAGCAGCUCAGAGACUCGGCUAUCUCCAGCAACAAGGCCCCGCACAACAGCUCCAUUAACCACAUCGAGAGCGUGCUGCAGCAGCUGGACGAGGCUCAGGCUCAGAUGGAGGAGCUUUUCCAGGAGAGGAAGAUCAAACUGGAGCUCUUCCUGCAGCUCAGGAUCUUCGAGCGCGAUGCCAUUGAUAUCAUCUCAGAUCUGGACUCGUGGAAUGAGGAGCUGUCUCAGCAGAUGAGUGACUUUGACACAGAGGAUCUGACUCUGGCUGAGCAGAGACUGCAGCACCAUGCAGACAAAGCCCUCACCAUGAACAACCUCACCUUCGACGUCAUUCAUCAAGGCCAGGAGCUGCUGCAGUACGUCAACGAGGUGCAGGCGUCCGGUGUGGAGCUGCUGUGUGAUCGGGAUGUGGACAUGGCCACACGGGUUCAGGACCUGCUGGAGUUCCUACAUGAGAAGCAGCAGGAGCUGGAUGUGGCUGCAGAGCAACACCGCCGCCACCUGGAGCAGUGCGUACAGCUGCGCCACCUGCAGGCUGAGGUCAAGCAGGUCCUGGGUUGGAUCCGUAAUGGCGAGUCCAUGCUGAACGCUGGCCUAAUCACGGCCAGUUCUCUCCAGGAGGCUGAGCAGCUGCAGAGAGAACACGAGCAGUUCCAGCACGCUAUUGAGAAAACCCACCAGAGUGCUCUGCAGGUGCAGCAGAAAGCAGAGACGCUCCUGCAGGCCAACCACUACGACAUGGACAUGAUCCGCGACUGCGCCGAGAACGUGGCCUCCCACUGGCAGCAGCUUAUGCUCAAGAUGGAGGACCGCCUCAAGCUGGUCAACGCCUCUGUGGCCUUCUACAAGACCUCUGAACAGGUGUGCAGUGUUUUGGAGAGUCUGGAGCAGGAGUAUAAGCGGGAGGAGGACUGGUGCGGGGGCGCAGACAAACUGGGACCCAACUGUGAGACAGAUCACGUCACUCCUAUGAUCAGCAAGCACCUGGAGCAGAAAGAGGCCUUCCUCAAGGCAUGCACCUUGGCCAGACGAAAUGCUGAUGUGUUCCUCAAAUACAUGCACCGGAAUAGUGUCAACAUGCCUGGAAUGCUGAGUCAUGUUAAAGCACCGGAGCAGCAGGUCAAAAACAUCCUGAAUGAGUUACUGCAGAGGGAGAACAGAGUGCUGCACUUCUGGACAAUGAGGAAGAGGAGGCUGGACCAGUGCCAGCAGUAUGUGGUGUUUGAGCGCAGUGCCAAGCAGGCACUUGAGUGGAUUCAUGACACGGGAGAGUUCUACCUGUCCACACACACAUCCACGGGCUCCAGUAUCCACCACACGCAAGAGCUGCUGAAAGAGCAUGAGGACUUCCACAUCACAGCUAAGCAAACCAAAGAGAGGGUCAAGCUGCUGAUCCAGUUGGCCGAUGGCUUCUGUGAUAAGGGUCAUGCUCACGCUGCUGAGAUCAAAAAGUGGGUGACCGCUGUGGACAAGCGUUACCGAGACUUCUCCCUGCGCAUGGACAAAUACCGAACCUCGCUGGAGAAAGCUCUGGGAAUCUGCUCCGACUCCAACAAAGCUAGUAAGGACCUGCAACUGGACAUCAUCCCCGCCAGUGCCCCAGGUUCAGAGGUUAAACUAAGGGAUGCUGCCCAUGAGCUCAACGAGGAGAAGCGUAAAUCUGCUCGCAGAAAGGACUUCAUCAUGGCUGAGCUGAUACAGACUGAGAAGGCCUAUGUGAGAGACCUGAGGGAGUGUAUGGAUACCUAUCUAUGGGAGAUGACCAGCGGUGUGGAGGAGAUCCCUCCAGGCAUUUUGAACAAAGAGCACAUCAUUUUUGGGAACAUGCAGGACCUCUAUGAAUUCCAUCACAAUAUCUUCCUGAAAGAGCUGGAGAAGUACGAGCAGCUUCCAGAGGAUGUGGGCCAUUGUUUUGUCACAUGGGCUGACAAGUUUCAGAUGUAUGUGAACUACUGCAAGAACAAACCAGACUCCACUCAGCUCAUACUGGAGCAUGCAGGAUCCUACUUUGAUGAGAUCCAGCAGCGGCACCGCUUGGCUAAUUCCAUCUCUUCCUAUCUCAUCAAACCAGUGCAGAGAAUAACCAAAUACCAGCUGCUCCUCAAGGAACUCCUGACGUGUUGUGAGGAGGGAAAAGGAGAAAUCAAAGAUGGCUUGGAGGUCAUGCUCAGUGUACCCAAGAGAGCCAAUGAUGCAAUGCACCUUAGCAUGCUGGAAGGAUUUGAUGAGAACAUUGAGUCUCAGGGAGAGCUGAUCCUACAAGAGUCCUUCCAGGUGUGGGACCCCAAGACUCUGAUCAGGAAAGGCAGAGAGAGGCACCUGUUCCUCUUCGAGAUGUCGCUCGUCUUCAGCAAGGAGGUCAAAGAUUCCAACGGCAGGAGCAAAUACAUCUACAAGAGCAAGCUGUUUACCUCAGAGUUGGGUGUUACUGAACAUGUAGAGGGGGAUCCGUGUAAAUUUGCCCUCUGGGUAGGACGGACUCCAACUUCAGACAACAAGAUUGUUCUAAAGCUAAGUCAGGGAUGCAAACACGGAGCCAUGGCUUCCAGCAUCGAGAACAAGCAGGACUGGAUUAAACACAUUCGUGAGGUGAUCCAGGAGCGCACGGUUCACCUGAAGGGGGCGCUGAAGGAGCCCAUCCACAUCCCCAAGCCUUCCACAGCCAAACACAAGGGCCGCAGAUACAAUCCCAGAGAUGGAGAGGACCUGGACAGUCAGGGUGACGGCAGCAGUCAGCCAGACACCAUCUCCCUGGCCUCCCGCACCUCUCAGAAUACCCUGGACAGCGACAAGCUGUCUGGAGGAUGUGAGCUGACAGUGGUCAUCCACGACUUCUUGGGUGGGAACAGUAAUGAGCUGACUGUGCGCAGAGGGCAGACGGUGGAGGUGCUAGAGCGGCUCCACGAUAAGCCCGACUGGUGCCUGGUUCGCACCACUGACCGUUCACCUGCUCAGGAGGGCCUGGUGCCCUGCGCCAUGCUCUGCAUCGCCCACUCCCGCAGCAGCAUGGAGAUGGAGGGCAUCUUCAACCACAAAGAUACUCUGUCAGUAUGCAGCAAUGAUGCCAUCCUCCCUGGCUCAUCUGCCACUCUUCAGCCUGGUCAUGUGAUGUGCUCACAGAGCUCUCCUGGUCCUAAGCGACCGGGCAACACUCUGCGCAAGUGGCUCACCAGCCCAGUCAGGAGGCUCAGCAGCGGCAAAGCAGACGGCCACGUCAAGAAGCUCGCUCACAAACACAAGAAGAGUCGUGACGUUCGCAAGAGCGCGGACGUGGGCUCCCAGAAAGACUCGGACGACAGCGCAGCGACGCCGCAGGACGAGACGAUAGAAGAGAGGGUGAGGAACGAGGGUCUGAGCAGUGGAACGCUCUCCAAGUCCUCCUCCUCAGGCAUGCAGAGCUGCGGAGAGGAGGAGGGUGAAGAGGGAGCUGACUCUGUACCUCUACCCCCACCUAUGGCCAUCCAGCAGCACAGCCUGCUUCAGCCAGACCCCCAGGAUGACAAGCUAAGCAGACCAGAGGCCACUCCCAGACACAAAUUGGAAAGUCUGGAAGGCACAGCAAGGACGUCAUCCCGUCUUUCAGUCCGCCCCUCCAGCUCAGAGACACCCAGUGCUGCCGAAUUAGUCAGUGCCAUCGAAGAGCUGGUCAAAAGCAAGAUGGCUCUGGAGGACAGGCCCAGCUCUCUGUCUGUGGAGCAAGGGGACAGCAGCAGUCCUUCCUUCAACCCCUCAGACAACUCCCUCCUCUCCUCCUCCUCCCCUGUUGAUGAAAUGGAGGAGCGUAAGACGGGCUUCCUCAAGAGACGCCACUAUAUACUGCUGGAGCUGGUUGAGACAGAGAGGGACUAUGUGAGAGAUCUUGGUCUGGUUGUUGAGGGCUAUAUGACCAGGAUGAAGGAGGAUGGGGUCCCUGAUGACAUGAAAGGAAAAGACAAGAUUGUGUUCGGCAACAUCCACCAAAUCUAUGACUGGCACAGAGAUUUCUUUCUGGGAGAGUUGGAGAAGUGCCUUGAGGACCCUGAUCAUCUGGGCCCUCUGUUUGUGAAACAAGAGCGGAGGUUGCACAUGUACAUUGUUUACUGCCAAAACAAACCCAAAUCUGAACACAUCGUCUCAGAGUAUAUUGACACCUACUUUGAGGACCUGAAGCAGCGAUUGGGUCACAGGCUGCAGCUCACUGACCUGCUCAUCAAACCAGUACAGAGAAUCAUGAAGUACCAGCUUCUGCUCAAGGAUUUCUUAAAGUUCUCCAAAAAAGCUGGACUGGACUCCCUGGAAUUUGAGAAAGCAGUGGAGGUCAUGUGCAUUGUACCAAAGCGAUGCAACGACAUGAUGAAUGUCGGCCGACUUCAGGGAUUUGACGGGAAGAUAGUGGCUCAGGGUCGUCUUCUCCUGCAGGACACUUUCUUGGUGUCGGACUCUGACGGAGGCCUGCUGGGCAGGAUGAAGGAGAGAAGAGUCUUCCUCUUUGAGCAGAUUGUUAUUUUCAGUGAACCUCUGGAUAAGAAGAGAGGUUUUUCAAUGCCUGGCUUCCUUUAUAAGAACAGCAUUAAGGUGAGCUGUCUGGGACUGGAAGACUGUGCAGACGGUGACCCAUGUAAAUUUACCCUGACCUCCAGAAUGUCCAAUGGCAGCAAUGAGGCCUUCAUUCUGCACUCCUCCCACCCUGGAGUCCGACAGGUUUGGACCCUGCAGAUCAGCCAGAUUCUGGAAAGCCAGCGCAAUUUCCUCAACGGUACAACGGCACUGACGUCUCCUAUUGAGUACCAGAGGAACCAUGUCGGGGGUAGUGUGAGUGCUCCAUGUGGGCCUCCUCACGUGGUCCAGGCUGGGAACAGUGGAGGGCAGGGUCCAAUCCCUGGAGGAGUAGGAGGAGGGGUAGCCCCAGUCGGGUCAAACUCCCGCUCACGGCCUUCUCGCAUUCCCCAGCCCUCCCGUCUGCCCCAGCCUCUCCGCCACCACUCUCCCGCCCUGGGCCCCGGAGCCGGCGACCUCGACGGCCCCGACAAAUUAUCAGAUCCCGACACAGGCCGAGAAACUGCCAAGGUGAGGGUAUCAGACAGCCCUCGCUCCAAACGGAGCGAACCUGUGGAGAGUUCUUCCAAAGAGAGCAAAGGUGGAAACGGUGAAAUUCCUCGUGCAACAGUGCCCCCGCUGGUGUUGGUGAAGCCUAGACCAAGUGCCAUCUCCCCAAUGGCCACACCAUUGGCCACACCUGCCUUCAAAGACUCCCUACCACCCUGCAGCCCAGGCCCAAAAAGCGCAGGCUGUUCUACACCAUCUUCAUCCGCUUCCUUCUGGAGCUCCAUGCCGGGUUCCCCCGCCAGCCGCCCGGGCUCCUUCACCUUCCCGGGGGACGCCUGCGACACAGUGGGCCGUCAGAAUCAGAACCAGAACCAAAGCCACCGGCACUCCACUCACAGUAAAGACGCUGACCGCAUGAGUACCUGCUCCUCCACCAGUGAGCAGUCAGUCCAGUCCACUCAUAGUAACGGGAGUGAAAGCAGCAGCAGCAGUAGUAUUUCCACCAUGCUCGUGACGCAGGACUACGUGGCGCUGAAAGAGGAUGAGAUUAACGUGUGUCAGGGAGAGGUGGUUCAGAUCCUGGCCUCCAACCAGCAGAAUAUGUUCCUAGUGUUUCGCGCCGCCACAGACCAGAGCCCCGCCGCUGAGGGCUGGAUCCCCGGCUAUGUGCUGGGCCACACCUCUGCUACCAUCCCAGACGCUGCAGAGGGAACCAUCAAAAAAUCAUCUUCAUGGCACACCUCCCUCCGCAUUCGGAAAAAGUCUGAGAAGAGAGAGAAGGAGGGGAAGAAGGAAGUCAAGCUGGAAAACGGGUACAGGAAAUCCAGAGAUGGGUUGGCCAGUAAGGUUUCUGUAAAGCUUCUAAAUCCCAAUUACAUCUAUGAUGUUCCCCCGGAGAUGCUCGUUCCGCUGAGUGACGUGACCUGUGAUAAGGGCGAGUGCGUCACACUCAGGUGUAAGGUGUGUGGCCGCCCUAAAGCCACCAUCACCUGGAAGGGACCCUAUCAAAACACACUCACCAACAACGGCCAUUUCAGCAUAGCUUACAGUGAGACUGGAGAGGCAACACUUCGCAUUGUGGGUGUGGCCUCAGAGGAUGAUGGCGUUUAUACCUGUAUCGCCACCAAUGAUAUAGGGAGCGUGACAUCAUCUGCCAGUCUCAGAGUGUUGAGUCCCUCCAGUGAUGGAAUCCGGGUCAUGUGGAAAGACAACUUUGAGUCUUUCUACACUGAGGUGGCAGAAUUGGGCAGAGGCCGGUUUGCUGUAGUGAAGCGGUGUGAUCAGAAGGGAUCUAAACGGACUGUCGCUGUUAAGCUGGUCAAUAAGAAGCUAAUGAAACGUGAUCAGGUCACACAGGAACUCAGCAUCUUAAAGAGACUACAGCAUCCGCAUAUAGUCUGCCUACAGGAUACCUUCGAGACCCCCGGGAGUUAUGCACUAGUUCUGGAGAUGGCUGAUCAGGGUCGUCUUCUGGACUACAUCGUCAGCUGGGGGAACCUCACAGAGGAGAAGGUGGCCUUUUAUCUGCGGGACAUUUUAGAAGCUUUGCACUACCUUCAUAACUGCAGAAUAGCCCAUCUGGAUGUAAAGCCUGAAAAUCUGUUGGUGGAUCAGAGCUCCUCCCAGCCUGUGGUGAAGCUCACAGAUUUUGGAGAUGCAGUUCAGCUGAACUCCGCCCAUUAUGUUCAUCCUCUGCUGGGUAGCCCGGAAUUUGCCGCCCCUGAGCUGGUCCUGGGGGACCCCGUGUCUCUGACGUCUGAUCUUUGGAGUCUCGGGGUGGUGACCUACGUGAUGCUGAGCGGAGCAUCGCCGUUCCUGGACGAAAGCGUGGAGGAGACCUGCCUGAACAUCUGCCGGCUGGACUUCAGCUUCCCGGAGGAUUACUUCCAGGGCGUGAGUCAGGCGGCGCGCGACUUCAUGUGCUUGCUGCUGAGGGUGGAGCCUUCCAAGAGGCCCCCUGCCGCCACCUGCCUUCAGGAGCCCUGGUUGAGGCCGGGGGGCGGCCGGCGCUCCGCCGAAUGCAUCGACACCUCCAGACUCAUCUCCUUCAUCGACCGGCGCAAACACCAGAACGACCUGCGGCCUUUAGGAGGCAUCAGGCCCUUCCUGCACAGCAGGCUACAGCCUAGGAUCUAAAAGAAAAACUGCACAGAAAUAAAGAAAAUACGAUAAUCUCUUCCUCUUUCAGUCGCCAGGUGCAAUUCAGAGGAACAGUCCUUUAGUCCUCAGCCAAUCGAAGCAUGUGGAAACAUUAGCCAAUCACUUUAGCCAAUCAGAGCCGUGUAGAGCACAGUUCAGAACUUGAGAAGAAAAAAAGCGACAUGUGUGGUUUACUUGUCUCUUCCCAGUCUAAUGCUGCUGGCUGGUUUCAAAUGUAAGAAAUGAAGAUUUCUAAGAGAUUUAAUCAUUGGAGAAUUUAUGUUCCCAAAUAUCAGUGAACCCUUAAUAGACCAUAAAAUGAUUUGUGUGUGGGAUGAGAAGUGUUCCUGCACAACACUGGCAGAGCUUUUCUGUGAAGAAAGUGAUGCAAAUGAGUCUAGAACCCUCGUUCCUCCCCCCUGAUUUUGCCUGAGCCAGAGGGAGCAAGCAGUUCUGCAGUUCUUUUACGCUUUUACAGUAUUCACCUCAAAACAUUUGAGGGAAAAGAAAACUUCCUGUUUGUUUAGUGACUUUAAAGAAAGCAAGAUAAUUAGAUCAAAUGAUCAUUGUAUCCACAGGUUUUCAGGUACGUAUCUGAGCGAACACUAAAUAAGAAGAAAAUCAGAAGAAAAGAAAUGCACAGAAAUGAGUGAAUUUUAGAAUCUGCAAAAUCUGAGAAUCCGCAGUUCAGAUUAAGCUUGAGAGAUGCCAAGCCUGUUUCUUUGGGAUCAUUUUAAUUGAAAUCAAAGCUUGUUUGAUCGCCUAGCUUAAUAAGUUGCUUAGUCAAACAAUGAUGGUCAUGCGACAUCUAGCUAUAAAAAUUUUAAAGUGCUGCAAGUGAAACCUCUUAAACCGUUAUUAUUUUUUACUUUAUUUGCUUUAAACAGAACAAAUUGUGUUGUGCAAUUUAAAGAUGUAUAAGCCUUACUUUGUACAUAGUCUGUGUCUGCAGUUCUUUUUUUUUUUUUUUUUUUUAAAUACAGUAUCUGUUCACAUAGAGCAUCCCAGGAUGGGACAGAAAAUGAACCCCAAGGGAAGAUAGCCAUAGGGCAGCCAAACGUCUGAGUGGCAGAGACACGCGAGCUCAAAGGAAGACUGAAUACUGUAAAUGCACUCACAUUGUAUGUUAUGUUCCAGAUUCCUACCAUAUGUGCAAUGUUGCAGCUUAAACAGUUUAUGCAACUAUUUAUGAAGACAUCUGUUGUACCUGUAAUAAAUAUUUAGACAAGCAUGUACCUGGUACUGCAAGUUCUGCUGUUAACUGCAUUUAUUUAACCUGGACUUUUGAAUCUUUAGUUGAGUAUUAUUUCCCUGCCCCACAGCAGGGUCAUUGUCUACAUGGCACUUAUACGUUCGUGUCACUUUUUAGUUGACGUCGCUAUUGGUAUACCAAAGCUCUCCAAGCUUUAUGCUUUGAGACUUUUUUUUUUUUAAACCAUAUUUCACUAUUUUAAAGUUAUACAUUAUAAAGCCGUGACAGAUUGUUUACAUGUUUACCAUAGCUUUGUUAUUUUUCAUUUUAUGCACAUUAUUUGGUGUUGCUUCUGCGACCGAUUCCUUCUCUCAUCAUAAAGUCCAAACUUUCUUGGUCAAUCUUGGUCAUUAUUUGAAACGUUUUUUUUCUUGCGAUGACUACAAAGAUUUCCUUGUCAUAAAUGUGAAGCCUUUAAAUUAUGAUAUUUAUAUAAGAUUUCACCAUAUAGAUAGUUUUUAUACAGAUGUAGAUCAUGAGUCAUAAUACGUCUUUAGACGGUUUUUGGUGACACAUUGGCUAGAACAAUUUUCAACAAUUUGACAAAAGUAAAAAAUUCGCACUGAAGAGAUUUUUGUUUUGUUUUGUUUUGUUUUGUUUGCAGCUGUUUAUUGGUCCGUAGUCUCCAGUUCCCCUCUCCAUUUGUCUGCUUAAGAAAGCUUCACCUUAUUCAACUCUUUAUGGUUCAGAUUGUGAAACUCAAUAGAAUGUGUGAGUGGUGGACAGAGAGUCUUUCCUGUAGGAAUGCGGUGGAUUCAUCUGUAUAGUCACAUAUCAUGUCUUCUUAUUUAUUUGCGUUGUAAAGUUGUACAGAUGCAGUUACGUCAUAAAGGUCGGACUGGACGCGUUUAAAUGUUUUAUUAAAUCGAUCUUUUAGUUCCAAUUCCAUUGUAUUUUAAUGUAUGUAUGAUCAUUUUAAGCUUUUAUUUCAGUUAUUUUAUACUUUUGCAUGUAUAUUUCUUUGUACAGAGACCAUAAGUGUUUACGCAAUAUGUGCUGUAAAUAUUUUCAGUUUUGCCAUCAGUUCUUUUGAAAAUUAAACAUACAGAACAUUC